AUGAACCCCGCUGGCAUGACCACGCCGAUGGGCGGCCUCGGCGGCGCCCCCGGCGCAGCAGGACCCAACAUGCAGGGCAUGAGCGAGCAAGAACAAGCCAUGGUGAAGAUGAUGUACUCCGCCAUGGAAUCCUGCCCCAUGAAGACCGUCAUGGCCGGAACAAUGGGUUUCGGUCUGGGUGGUGUAUUCGGUUUGUUCAUGGCUAGCAUGUCCUACGACUCCACCUUCACCCCGCAAGGCAAAGCGAUCGCCGACCUCCCCUGGAAAGAGCAAGUGCGGAGGGGAUUCAAAGACAUGGGCCAGCGGUCGUGGUCUAGCGCGAAGAACUUCGGUGUCGUGGGUGCGCUGUACUCUGGCACUGAGUGCUGUAUUGAGGGCUUGCGGGCCAAGAAUGAUCUUACGAACUCGGUCGCGGCGGGUUGCAUUACUGGUGGGAUUCUCGGUGCGAAGGCUGGUCCCCAGGCUGCGGCGGCGGGGUGUGCGGGCUUUGCGGCGUUCAGUGCGGCGAUUGAUGCUUAUAUGAGGAUGCCGGAGAAGGAUGAUUGA